AUGGUGCUUGACCUAAAUGGGCGUGUCCUAGCUGCCCCCCCCCCGGAAGAACUGAACCCUGCCCCCCCUGCAGGUCCAGGACCAGCCAGAGACCGGGUCCAGGUCCGGGUCCAGCGCCGCCACGUUAGCUUCCUGCUGUACGCCGUCGUGUCUUCGGCUGCCGUGGCAACGAUCUUCAUCACGCUGGGCCUCCUCGUCUUCAUCAUCCUCCACCGCAAGAUCUGGUCCCUGGCCGCCGGUCCCGCCGGACCAGCAGGACCCCCCAGACCCCCCAGAUCCACCGGCCCCCCCUCCCAGGACCUGCUGCUCCUGCUGGCCGUCCUGCUCUCCGUCUCCUCGGUCCUGGUCUCUGGUCUGGACGGAUCCUCGGUACCGGACUGGAUCCAGGAGAUCUGCUGUUCUGUCCGGCUCUGGUUCCUCUCCCUGGGUCACUCCGUGGGCUUGGCGGUUCUGUUCACCAGAACCUGGAGGAUCUACUCCCUCUUUACCGUCCAGCAGAAGGAGACCCGUCUGCAGCGGGCCGGUCGGAUCCAGGUCUGGUUCUUCCUGCUGGAGGUUCUGGUUCUGACCUGCUGGCAGGUCCUGGACCCCCUAAGACGGGUUCAGGUCCAGCACCGGCCCCAGGGCGACCCGGACCUGCUGAUCCGGUUCUACUCCGACCAGUGCAGCAGCACCAGCCUGGACCUGUGGCUGACGGCCGUCUACGGAUACCGAGCUCCGCUGCUGGGUCUGGGCUGUUUCCUGGCCCUGAACAUCCGGGUCAAACCCCUGAGCUUCUCCAUGUUAGCGGUGUCGGUGUCCAGCGUGUCGGGGGUGUCGGGGUCGCUGCUGAUUACCCACAAUCCCCCUCUUCACUUCCUCCUGAGCAGCUUCCUCAUCCUCACCUGCAGCAUCGUCAUCCUGGGCUGCCUGUUCGGACCCCAGGUGUCUUACGUGUUAUCUAGCGGCGGCGAGACGCAGCAGCAGCUGGACCGACCAGACGAGGCCCCGGACGGGGAACCAGAUGAGGAAUCAGACGAGGUCCCGGACGGGCCCCGUCAGGACCAGCUGAGGAGGCUGAACGACCGGCUGAAGAGCCAGAGCCAGCAGCUGGACGUGCAGAUACACACCAUCAUGAUGGAGCUAGCGGAGCUAGCGGAGCCGGAGCUCGGUCGACGCUUGACGGGAGACAAACGCGGUAAAGGUUCAGUUCUCACGUUUCCUCGGCCCGGACCAGGUUCUUGUUUGACCCGGUUUGUCUUCACCAGCAGCUGA